AUGACGGUGGUGAGGAUUGAAGGAAACGGCGGGAACCUAUUAAUGAGCUCAGUCUACAUGGCUCAUGAUAGGCCUGCUCCACCUCCGGAAGUUCAAAACCUAGCAGGGGCUGGCGCAGCCGAAGGAGCAAGUCUGCUUAUGGGUUGCGACGCCAAUGCCAGACAUACCCUCUGGGGCAGCACAGAGAUCAACGAACGAGGUGAGUCUUUAUUUAAUUUUGUCUUAGAUAGUAGUCUGGAGAUAGCAAAUAGAGGCAACACCCCUACCUUCACUUUUCCUAGCACAGACAGGUUUGCUGGCUGGGAAGAUGUGAUAGAUAUAACACUUAAAACUAACAACUGUAUAAUCGAGGACUGGAGGGUAUCUAGCAAAAGGUCGUAUUCUGACCAUGCCUGGAUAAUCUUCACAGUGGGAUUCGAAGUUGGGAAUCCCAAACCUUUUAGGAACCCUAAAAGAACAGAUUGGGUUAAAUUCAGAGCCAUCGUGCGGGCCAAGUUCAUGGUCAUGCCCGAUAUGAACAACUAUAUUAAAGAAGUUGAAGAACUUGAUGCGCAAAUCAGUAGAUUUGAGAAAGUCAUGGGCGUGGCUUUCAGAGCAUCAUGUCCUUUGAAAUAUUCAAAAAAACAGUAUCCCCCGUAG